UCCAAACGGCAACACUUAUCUCUCGCGCCUGGAACAAUUUCGUCGGAGCGAUUACGAACGAGAUGCUAUGAUCCAGGUGCGUCCGGUUGGGGAGGACAGGACAGAGGACCUCGUUUCAUUCCUCGUUCCUUCUUCUCGUCACCGUCAUCGUCCUUGACUGCAACUGAAAAUUUCAUACUCAUCUUCUCAUCUUCUCAUCUUCUCAUCUUCUCAUCUUCUCAUCUUCUCAUCUUCUCAUCUUCUCAUCUUCUCAUCUUCUCAUCUUCUCAUCUUCUCAUCUUCUCAUCUUCUCAUCUUCUCAUCUUCUCACCCUCGCCUUGAUCUUCCCUCGUCUUCACAUUUACAGACCCUCACCUUCACAUUUACAUGAAACCAACCUCCUGAAACAAAUGCUGACCCCCCUCCAGGAAUUAAUCAGUCAAUAUGAGAACCUCAAAAAGGCCUAUGCAGACAAAUGUGCUGAUUAUAAUAACGAAGUCGAGUCGCGCCGUAUGUGGCAAAGCAAGGCUUCUAUAGCCAUGGAAGAAAAAAUGGCCAUUACUCGAGCUACCGAAUCGAACCCUUUCGUUUAUGCCAUUAUUGACGGCGACGGCGCCAUCUUCAAUGAUAACCUCCUCGCCAAGGGCGCCGAGGGCGGCGCCGAGGCCGCCUACCUGCUACAGACGGCCAUUAAGUCGUACAUUAAGGAUGCCUAUCCCCAAACCAACACCGGCGACUGGACCAUUAUCGUCCAAGUUAUCCUCAACCUCGACGGCUUGGCCAAGAAACUCCACGCCUGCGGCAUCAUCCCCAAUACACCCGAGAAGCCCACCCUCGCCGGCUUCGCCCGCGCCUUCGGCCGCUCCCAGCCCCUCUUCAGCUUCAUCGACGUCGGCGGCGGCAAGGAGUCCGCCGAUCAUAAGAUCCGCGAGAUGAUGCGCCUCAUGGUCCGCGUCUCCCAGUGCAAGCACGUCUUCUUCGGCCCGUGCUCCGAUAACGGGUACCUGCCCGUCCUCGAACCCUACAAGCGCGACGACGACGUCUUCCACCGCUUCACCCUGCUCGAGACCGUCCCCGCCCAGCCCGGCUUCCUCGACCUCGGCUUCAACACCGCCAGCUUCCCUACUGUUUUCCGUUCCGACCUCCUCCCUUCGAGGCCUUUGGUCCAGGCCCUGCCCCCUGCCUCCAUCUCGUCUUCCGUUAACGGCAUCGACAAGGCCCUCCAACGCUCGCACCCGCACUCGCUUCCGCACCCGCUUCCGCCUGCGGCCGCGGCCCCAUCCCCAUCCCCGGCCCCUUCCCAGCUCUCGCUCCCCGGGCCCCCCAAGACCCCCAAACCCUCCCAGGUCCCCGCGCCCUCCGAGCCCUCAGGCGACCAGCAAGCCAGCCCCGUCACCGCCACGGCCACCACCACCACCUCCUCCUCCGCAGGAGGCUCCUGGUCGACCAUCACCCGGAUUAUCCCCAGCGCGAACCCCAAGGCCAUCGACAUCCGACCCACCAAGAAGGCGCCGCGGAAGUACUACCUCCUCAACGCCGACAGCGAGCGUAUCGACGAGCCGCUCCCGCGCAUCGACCCCAACGCCGAGCGCAAGUUCAAGGACAUGAUGGCCGACAACGGCACCAACUUCUGCAACAACCACUACCUCCUCGGCGGCUGCGACACGCCCGGCUGCACCUACUACCACGGCGAGAAGCUGCCGCCCGCCGUGCUCCUCGUGCUGAAGCAGAAGGUCCGCGGCAUCCCCUGCGAGAUGAAGUCGGCCUGCGAUAACGUCGAUUGCAUCUACGCGCACCACUGUCGCUGGGCGCGGAACUGCCCCAUGUCGUCGUGCCGCUUUUCUUUUAGCCAUAAUAUGGAUACUACGCCCCGUAUCAAAAUCUUCAACGAUAACACGGUCCAACAUAUUGGUCCCAACAAGUAAAACCCCGGCUUUACUAUCUAUCUCUUUACUUUAGCCCGCUGCGUUGUGUUUUUUUUUUUCGUUUGUUUACGGCUCCGCUGUCAUCCUACCUACGAAGGGGUUCUCGCCCAGCCGAAAGGUAUGGUCUUCCUUACCUAGGUAGAGGUCCUAUGGCGUGGGAAACCCUGGAAUCGUACUUUUUUUCCUUUCUUUUUCUUUUCCCCCUGCUUUACGAUGCGAGUGUUUCUGCAUGAUGGUUCACGUCUGGCCGUGGACCUCAUUGCAGAGCUAUAUAUAUAUUUAUUCCCUCUUUCAACACUGCUUUCGUUUUGUAAACUAUUCCUAACCAUUGCCUGUCAGGGGAAUGGGUCUUAUAUAUAUAUUCCGUGGAGUACUUUUGCCCUCACGUAUGUGGGCUUGUGCUCUUAUUCCACUUCCCUCCAUUUACGAAAGGAGAACCUCCUUGUCUCAGUGCGCUACCCCAUAUUGUGUUCCGUAAAGUCAUGCUGGUCUCGCC